AUGGGUCUAGUUGCAACACUUGAUAAGUAUACGCUGGAGAAGCUCGCCCGGUUAGUAAGGCAUAACGAUAGCAAAGCUUUACAAGUCCAUGAAUUGAUUCAAUCGGGAGAGCUCACUGAGAAGCAAAAUUCUAACAAAGUUUUGGAUAUUUUACAAUACAUAUACACCCAUCCCUCCAACGAAAACGAGAGAUAUCCGGGCUGGCUUUUUGGUUUUUUAAAGCAGAAAUCGGUGUUUAAAAAGGAAAAGCUUCAAAUGUUUGAAAGAUAUUCUGCUAUAUUAAAAUUACACCAUAUAAUGAUGGACUUCAAAGAUGAAAAUAAUGGGAUUUUACUACGGACCUACACUGAGCAGUGGAACACAGCAACUAUGGGAUAUCUUUCACAGAGGAAGUUCUGCAAGUGGUCAGAGCAUGAGGGCAAAGCUUUACCAAAACUAGUUGAUUUUGAGUUCCCCGAACCUCCGGCUGAAAAUCUGCAAGAUAUCAAGAAGCUAGUGAAAUUGAGGCAACAGUAUAUAUCUGCUCUAGACUUGAAAAAAUCUCCUCCGGAUUUGCAGAUCGUAAUUGCUCCUAACAUGUUUGGCGAACCUCCAGCACCUCAGAGAGUUUUUAACAAAAUGAUUAGAAGAUUAGAGGCACUUCAAGACUAUUACAAAAAGAACCAACCAGUGUCAACAGUAGAUAUGGAUGAACUAAAUAAAAUAAACUUGUUAGAAAUCGACGGUUAUUUUAGAGAGGCCUAUGUUGAUUUUUUGAACGCUAUAUUUGUGAUUAAAAACGAUAGUACUAUUGAGAAAUCCGCCAUGAUACAAAGACAGGUUGCUACUUCGAAACGUGUUGAGUCUCUAUAUCAGAAGUUUUAUAAAGACGACAAUACCCCAACAAAUUAG